AUGGAUUUUCCCCUUCUCUAUUUCACAGGAAAGUUUCCAAGAGGUCGAAGCUUUCGGAAAGAAUCCUGGCGGGAAAAAAAGCGCGCGCGCUCAGUUUUCGCGCUCGUUUAUUUAGCAAUGGCUGAUCGACGUUGCUUGUCUGAGCGACAAGGCCAUCAUCUGCAGUCAAAUGGUGCAAUUGAUCUUGAAGUUGAUGGUGGGACUACAGGUCUUCAUCCAGAAAUAGGAAUCACAAAAGGUAACUCUCGAGCCAAAUGGAGUCACCAAAUGAAGCUGUACCUUAUUAAACUCCUAAAAGAUCACGAUGUGCCUGGUUUUCGGACACAGAAUGCUUGGAGCAAGGAGGCAUGGAAUAAUAUUCUUCAUCAACUCAAUCAAAAGUUUGAUCAGUCAUUUACUCUCAACCAAGUCAAACAGAAGGAGCAAGAUCUGAAGAGAGACUAUCGUACUGUGAAAAAGUUGUUGGAUGUAAGUGGCUUUGGAUGGGAUAAGGACAGAAAAAUGGUAGACGCACCUGAUAGUGUUUGGGCAAGCUUUACUGCUCGUACGAACAGCAAGGAUGCUCUCCAAUGGAAAGAAAGAUCAUUUCCCUUUUAUGAAGAAUUAGCUCCACUCUAUGAAGGUCGUUAUGCUGAAGGGAGAACUCGCCAAGGCAUGGACCAUUAUACUAGCAAGAGGAAGUAUGCACCAGUUCCCUUGUCACAGUUGACACAGAUGGCUGAUCUCGAUCAAUCACCAUCACCUACUAUGCCGGUUACCGGCGAGUCGGACAUGCGGUUUACUUUAGAUGAAGAACUUGAGGAAACCAACUUGGAUUCUCCCCCGCAUCUAUCUACACCUAUUCAGCAUGUGCAAGCCCCUCCAAGAUCCACACAAAUGGAGAAACAUGACACUAGGCGUGGGAAAAAACAGAAGCAUAGUGCUACUGAUGACUUCCAUGAGAAGUAUUUAAAACUGAAGAAGGAAGAAAUUGAUCGAUUUGCUGCCAUUGAGGAGAAGAAGCUAGAGGACCCCUACAGCAUCAACAAGUGUAUCACAACAAUUGAAGGCUUGGAAGGUCUACAACUAGGAGAUAUGAUGAUGGCAUCAGAUAUCUUCAAAUGUAAGGAGAACAGGGAAGUUUUCUUGUCCUACUCUACUAAUGAACUACGGUUGGCUUGGCUUAAAAGAGAGAUUGCACGUGCCCAAACAAAUGAUCAAAAUUAG